CGGUGUGUGUUUGUGCGUUUAUUUUAAGAAAAAAGCCUCAGACAGAAAAAGGUACUGUAUAAUUUAGGGAUUGAAAUCACAUUUUUCACUUUAUUCCAAUUGUAUUUGCUUUGGAAUUUUGGUGAAUACAGCCUUGUGAAUUUAUGAGAGUUGAGCUGAUCCAUUAUUGAAUCUCAAUUCAUCCUAAUCAGUUUUUUCCUUCAAAAUAUCAGAUGCAACACAAAAAGGUAGCGGUGGUGAACAACCAUGGCGAGAAGCUAGUGGGAAUAUUACAUGAAGCUGGUACUAAGGAGCUUGUAGUUGUUUGUCAUGGUUUCAGGUCCUCAAAGGAUCGCAUUCCCAUGGUGACCCUUGCUGCUGCUUUUGAGAAAGCAGGAAUUAGCGCUUUCCGUUUUGAUUUUUCUGGCAAUGGUGAAAGUGAGGGUUCAUUCCAAUAUGGUAACUACCGUAGAGAAGCUGAUGAUUUGCAUGCUGUAGUUGAACAUUUUCGUCAGAAUGGAUAUUUCAUAGCAGCAAUUAUUGGGCAUAGCAAAGGAGGGAAUGCCGUGCUUUUGUAUGCAUCAAAGUAUAGGGAUAUACCGGUGGUUGUUAAUAUUGCUGGCCGCUUUAAUCUUAAGAGAGGGAUUGAAGGCCGUUUGGGGAUAAAUUAUGUGGAGAAAAUCAAACAAGAUAGAUACAUCGAUGUUAAGAACAAGAGAGGGACAGUUGAGUAUAGAGUAACCGAGGAAAGUUUGAGAGCCCGCCUUACAACUGAGAUUUGCACGUCAUGUCAAGCUAUUCCACCAAACUGCAGGGUAUUUACCAUUCAUGGUUCUAAGGAUGAAAUGGUACCGGUUGAAGAUGCUUAUGAAUUUUCCAAGUACAUCCCAACACACACGCUGCACAUAAUCGAAGGAGCGGAUCACGAAUUUACCUCACACCAACAAGAGUUAGCUUCUGUGGUAGCAGCCUUUGUCAUGUCUACCCUUUCCAACCAACAAACAACCAAGCUGUCCGAGUCAUACGCCAGAACGAGAAGUGCAGUUCAUUCACGACUCUGAUCCUAUAUGCUCUUGAUUGCAUGCUUUGGCCUUUUCAGCAACAUACUUUGGUGUGAAAACUAUUUAUGAACAGUGUUGGGAUCAGGUUCUUUCCCAAUUCUUACAAGCAGUGUUGGGGUCGAGUUCUUUCCUAAUUCUGUCAUUGCUAGUUGGAAAUGGCAUUAAAUGGUAGCCCGUAUAUAAUUACAUUCAACUGAACUUGUACAUUAUAGCAUUAAUGCAUUAUGAAAUGUAAGUACUAAAGUAUGUCUUCA